AUGGCGAAUCGACUCUCCCAUUCCCUCAAUGAGAUUGAAUCUCACACUCCCGUCAUCAAGGCGCAAGCUACCGAGAACGAUGUUGUCUCCAAGAGUGGCGAGCAGAUUGAAGAAGGUGACCACGUGUAUACUAGGACAAGGGGUGGAAGGCACGAGGGGAACGUUAACAAGAUUGUGAUGGACCAAGAGGAGGCUGAUGCAGAAGAUGUAAAGCAUCCACCAAAGGUACUAUUUACGGACCAGAAGGGGAAAGAUGUAGCACACAAACCAGGUACACUUGAUGUCACAGACAGAGCCUGA